AUGUCUGAUCCUUUCUCUGCCGCCGGUAGCGCUGUUGGUAUUAUCUCACUCGGUCUGCAAGUCUGUGGGGAGAUUGUUUCAUAUUGCCAGAGAUGGCGGGGUUUCGACGAUGAUAUCCAAAAUCUCAGUCAGAAAGCCAAUGGACUUUGUGUAUCACUGAGAUAUUUGGAAAAACUGAUCGAAGACAUCCGCACUGCUGACCCUGUCAUUGCGAGCGACCUUGAAGAGAAGAUGAAGAGCAUCGAACAUGCGAUGAAACGGCUCAAGAGAGCGGUAGAUCGAUAUUCAUCUCCCGCAUCCAACACAGACCCAUUCCGGUCCCAGAUCAAAAAGGCGGCAUAUCCAUUCCGAAAGGAUGGGUUACGUGACAUGGCAAGUGAUCUAGAGAGUGUGCAGGGAAUGCUCAAUACGGCGUUACAUAUCUAUUCGGCACAAAGCAGUCGAACUGCACUGAUGGCGAUGGGGAACUUGACUCGAGAGAUACAGAAAAUGCAAUUGGCCAUCCAAGAUCAGCCAAGGCAAUAUAUGCAACCGCCAAGCUCACUACAGUCAUGGGAUGCCCAAAACGAACAGUUGAGCUCAUCUUUGCAAAUCGGCAUGCAAGUUGGCCAAAUGAUAAACACCACUUCUGUCGAAACCAACCAUGGUGGAACCUGCUCGUAUUCAUGCAGAACAAAAACAGCCUGUGGAGCAUCAACUACUUGCCAGAAUUGCAAUCUGGCGAAGACUCGAUCUAAAUCUCAUUCACGCCAACUCUACAAGCAAACAGAAGUCAUCAAGCUAUCUUACUCCUAUUGUAGUACUAUGAUAGGCCUUGCUAUCCGAGCCUCGUUCUCGCUCACAAGGGGAGCUGGGGGGUAUUCGAUUGCCCCUUUGCUAUAUUUACAGCCUUUAGUGCACAAAGAUGAUAGUCAAGGAUACCGUAUUUUAUCUGAGUUGGACAGGAUUAAAUAUGUAACAACAGAUGAGUUUGGAUUAGCCAUCGAUCGCACGAUACAACAAUUGCAAGAAGCAUUCGAUCUACAGAAGGCAACUCCAUUUGAAGUGACUUGGACUUCCUCCAAGACCGAGAUUUCAACUUUCGAUUGUGCUUUCCUUUAUUUUCCGAUCGGAGUGUCAGAUCCGAUGGAUCGGAUGGGGCACUAUUCCAGACUUCUCAUCUUCUUAUUGGACUGUGGUUCCAGGCCAGGCCAUGGGUCAGAAUUUGUGUUAUCCCAUCUUGGGAAUGACCUCGCUCUUUUCGGGCAAUACGCUUUGCGAUCGCGGCUAUCCGAACUGGACUUUUUCCUCACCAUCUACCCUCCUCGUUCUCCAGUCGAGAAACAGGAUAUGCGGGACCUGAUUUCCCGAGGAGAUGACUCAAUAAAAAUACCAAAUAUUGUGUGGGCAAUUCUCACAGAGUCGGAAGAUGUAUUAAGAGAUGCCCUCAACUCAGGAGCUUCCCCAAAUGACGUAAUACACGGUUACCCUUUGAUUGAUUAUGCAUUUGGGUGGCCAAAAGGGAUUCAGAUCUUAAUAGAAGCAGGCGCAACUCCAAAUGCCCCUCAUUAUAGCUUCCCUUAUGUUGAAGACAACGACAACGAGGAUACUUAUCAUUCCAUCAAGCUUCUCCUCGACGCUGGAUGGCCAUUGAGUUGGUGGAGUAUUUCAGAAUGCCAAAGUGUCGAAGGCAGCAGCAAAAUAAAAUCACUUCUCAUCAAUGAAUUAGCUGCACGCUAUCAGAGACUUUGGCAUUUGGCCAAGGCUUAUUUCCCCACUAGUCAACUUCCGAAAUUGAUCUCAGAAGACGAGAAGACGGGCGAAACUUCAAUACUCGAUAUACACGCCAAGGAGAUAUAUGACCGACUGGUAGACCGAGGGAUAUCCAUUGAUCUAACCCUACAGUUUGAUAAAGAAUCUGUUUAUCAUUUCCCACUCUUCUCUGCUGAGACGCUAGAGGAACUAUACCAAAGCGGCUUCAAGGGCGUUACCCAACUAGACUCCCGAGGGGUUAUGCCUCUCAUGAUCGGAGCUGACGAUAUGGGAGAGGGUAUAAAGCGAAUGGCUUGGCUGGUUUCAAAAGGUGUGGAUCCAUAUCAGGAAGUAUCAGGAACCAGUGCAAGUGAAGCACAUUCUCUCGGGUUGCUGAUUAUUAAUUAUUUCUUGCACAAUGUCAUCUAUUCCAGUCGACUCAAGUUAGAACCCCACAAAGAAUAUCGAGCUUGGAAACAGAAUGUCUUGGAAUCCGGGAAGGAGGGUUUUCUCCUUCCUUCUGUCCAGGAUGGAUGUGUCUGCGCGUGCUCUCCCGGCGGGUGUACUACGAUGUCGGUAUUGUUACGACAUAUCGUCCGUUUGUUUUCCACCCACAAGAUUGAAGAACCCAGCUUUUGGUUCCGAGAGUUAAUCCAAUUCUUCCUUUGGUGGACCAGAGAAGAUACGGAAAUUGGCUGGGAGGUGAUCCGAUUUCUGACCUUUGAUGCAUUGGGUCUGAACCAUUCGUGUUGCAUCGAAACAGAAGGUUUAAAAAUAAUGGAACUCGAAAAACUUCUCGAUGAACUCAAGAUCAAGUUCGAUGAUCUUGGUCUCUCUGUGAUGGAAUUUUUGGAAGGAUACUGGUAUACUCGUAUGAUCGAUGUUCUCUCCCAACGCGAUCCCUACGAUGAGGAAUAUUCCAUUGAAUUAAGACGAAUUGGCGUUGAUCUGGAACUGGAUGAGGGUGAUGUCCAUGACAGGGCAUCUCUGCUUAUUGGCUUAAGGGUGCGUGAAGUCAGUGCAUAG